AUGGUGUCUGACAAGUCGGAAGUGCUAGAUACUUCGAUAUCUUCUGACAAUGAAGCUUUGCCUGUGCUCAGGGAAAAGCGGCCUGUAAAAUGGUACCGCUCAACUCUUUACAAUGCCAUCAUCCUCGGCAUUUGUAACUUCCUGGCCCCAGGUAUCUGGGGCGCAAUGAACAGUCUAGGGGCCGGCGGCGAAGAAAGUCCCUAUUUGGUUAAUGCCGCUAAUGCCCUAACCUUCUGCCUCAUGGUUAUCUCCUGUUUCUUCUCCUCUGUCCUCGUUAAGUAUAUUGGUAUAAAAGCCGCUCUCAUCUUUGGCACUAUCGGCUACGCCCCAUACGCCGCUGGACUCUACUGCAACAAUCGAUAUGGAAACGAAUGGCUUGUUCUCGUCGGCGCCGCUUUGUGCGGGAUUUCCGCCGGUGUUUUUUGGAUGGCUGAAGCAGCCGUCGCAUUGAGUUAUCCGGAACCCGAGAACCAAGGAAGAUUCCUAGGAUUAUGGUUAAGUUUCCGAGUUGGCGGACAGGUUUUGGGCGGCGUGAUUAAUCUAGCUCUUAAUGCGGAUAAUUCUGGUAGAGGCAAGGUAUCAUACAAUGUAUAUCUUAUAUUCAUCGCGUUACAAGCCCUUGGACCUUUUGCAGCAUUACUCCUCACACCACCUGAAAAGGUUCAACGAACUGACGGAGUCAUCCCAAAUCUUCGCAUUUCGGAAUCUAGCUGGAGGGAAAUAAAACUUACGUCGAAAUUGUUUAUAAGUAAAUAUUUUUUGUUGCUGGUGCCGCUUAUUGCGCAGGGAGUUUAUAGCGAGGCGGUUAUGUUUACUUAUGAAUCUGUGUGGCUCAGUGUGAGAGGAAGAGCAUUGGGUUCGUUUCUUUCCGGGAUUGUGGCAAUGAUUUCGGGUAACUUGUUGGGCGCAUUUUUGGAUCGGGAGAAGUGGCCGUUGAAAAAAAGAGCGAGAUGGUCUUUUGUGGUAAUUUUAGGGUUACAGGGUGUUUGGUGGAUAUGGGGAACUGUCCUCGUGACACACUACUCGGGUCAGAAUCCGCUACCAGUAUUUGAUUGGUCUGAUGGUGGAGCAUUCGUGAGGACAUUUUUAGUAUUUCUAGGAUGGGUUUCCGGAUUUCAAAUCAACUAUUUAUUCCUAUACUUCCUCAUUGGAAAUCUCGCUAGAACCGCCGAAGAAGUCAUAAGAAUCGCAGCACUACUUCGAGGAACGGAAUCAGCUGUUCAGGCCGUUAGUUACGGGUUAAAUAGCAUCACAGUAAUGGGUAAUGUUGGAGGUGUAUAUCUCAAUUUUGGCCUUUGGGGAUUGGCGCUCAUUCCUGGGUGGUUGGUGGUGAAGGAGAUUGGGGUUAGUCUUGGGAAUAAUAAGAUUGCAAGGGAGAGGGAGGUUUUGGAGAGAUCUUAA